AUGGGUAGAAGAAAGCAAACUCAACCUCGUAGGGCACGAGCCACUGUUGGCAACAAUGGUGUUUCUAAAGAGGAUUUUUGCAAUCCAGACACAUCCCAAGCUUUAAAAAACGAGCUUUCUAGUCACAACAAUCCAUUUUUUAUCGAAGUUGAUAGGGAUAAUUGGGUGUCAACAGAGCAUUAUGACAUCUCAGAAGUGGUUCUGACAAAUUUGAAUGUAAGUGAAGAGUGUUAUGAUAGAAAAUUCAAGGAUCAAGAUUUUAUCAAUGAAGAAAAGUAUAACUUUAGGUUUCGGUUGAACGAUGUAAUAAAACCAUUGCAUAUCCCUGUCUUAUCUACUUCUGAUAUCUAUCUGGAAUUCAUUGAGAAGCGAGUGGACAUGGAAGCACAUGUAAUGGUAACUGGGAAUUUUGAUGGGCCUAGUGAAGGUGUUUCAGGGCUUGUUCACUUAGUUAGUAUGAAGUUUUUGACUUUGAGGCCUACUACAGGGUUGACUUUUUCAGGGAAUUUGUCAUCGAUUAGAUUAAGAGUAGAGAUACAAAAGUGUACAUUCGAGGGUUCUGAGUCAUUUUUUGGGACUACAAGGCAGAUAUGGAAGAAGAGUAUGAUGAAUGUCAUGGCUUGGCUACGCCCUGAAGUAACUACCUCAGAGGCUAGAUAUGGGUAUAAGGUACCUGAAGACAUGGAGAUUGGCUUACAACUAAAUGAAAAUAGGAAAGGAUCCAGGUUUGAUGUAUCUGGUUUUUAUGAAGCAAUAAAACCCUCAAAGGAUAACCCGAUGCUAAUGGAUGACAUGCCUGACUUGCUCCCUGAGCUUAGACCAUAUCAAAGGCGUGCAGCUUUCUGGAUGGUUGAACGAGAGAAAGGAACUUUCAGACAUCUGAGAGAAAGUCAACAAAGUCAAUCUGUUUCACCCCUAUGUGUCCCUGUGGAUUUAGUUGAUUCCUGCUUUAAAAUAUAUUACAAUUCAUUUAACGGAAGUGUUUCAAUGAAUCUUGAGAACUGUUCAUCUUAUGUUGUUGGUGGUAUUCUUGCAGAUGAAAUGGGUCUAGGAAAAACCAUUGAGCUGCUUGCUUGUAUAUUUGCACAUAGAAAAUCGGACAUAGAUGCUGAUGAUAUAAGAAACAAGACAAUACAAGUUGCUGGAGAACAGAAAUCUAACAUCAAAAGAAUGAAGAAAGAACGUGUUGAAUGUGUCUGUGGGGCUGUAAGUGAAAGCUCAAAGUAUAAAGGUUUAUGGGUACAAUGUGAUGUCUGUGAUGCUUGGCAACAUGCAGAUUGUGUAGGCUAUCAAUAUAAAGAAACAAAUUCAGAACCAAUAAAAGAUUCAGAAAGUCUGAAUGGUGAUUCAAGAAAACGCAAAAGUUAUAAAGGCUCCAAAGUCGUUAUCUGUGAUGGGGCCCACAUUUGUCCAUUUUGCUUAGAACUGAGUCAAGCAACCGGUUCCCCUGUUCCUACUGGUGCAACACUUGUAGUAUGUCCAGCACCAAUAUUGCCACAGUGGCAUGCUGAAAUAACUCGUCAUACAAGUCCAGGUUCACUAAAAGUUGUUGUGUAUGAAGGAGUAAAACCAAGUUCACUUUAUAAUAAUACCACAUCUGCUACGAAAAUUGAUGAACUGAUUAGUGCUGACAUUGUGUUAACAACAUAUGAUGUGCUGAAGCAAGACUUAUCUCAUGAUUCUGAAAGGAAUAUAGGGGAUAGGCGACUUUUGAGAUACCAGAAGAAGUACCCUGUGAUUCCAACUUUUCUGACUCGAAUAUUCUGGUGGAGGAUUUGUUUGGAUGAGGCUCAAAUGGUGGAGAGUAAUGCUGCUGCUGCAACAGAAAUGGCAAUGCGCUUACCUUGUAUGCAUCGUUGGUGUGUUACAGGAACUCCUAUACAAAGAAAGCUGGAUGACUUAUUUGGGCUCUUAAGGUUUCUUAAAGCAACUCCUUAUGAUGUUUUCAAGUGGUGGGUUGAUGUUAUUAGGAAUCCUUAUGAGAUGGGAGAUGCAGGGGCUGUAGAAUAUACUCACAAUCUCUUUAAACAAAUAAUGUGGAGAUCCUCAAAAUCACAUGUUGCUGAAGAGUUGCACCUUCCUCCACAAGAAGAAUGUCUCACUUGGCUAUCCCUCACACCAAUUGAAGAACACUUUUAUCAGAGGCAACAUGACACCUGUCUCACAUAUGCUAGGGAAGUCAUCCAAAGUUUCAAAAGCAGUAUUCCUGAAGAAGAAGCUUCAGGAAAUGAUUCAUCGGAUUCUUUCCUUACACAUGUGGAGGCUGCAAAACUUUUGAACUCCCUCUUGAAGCUAAGGCAAGCAUGUUGUCAUCCUCAAGUGGGAAGUUCAGGCGUACGUUCACUGCAGCAGUCUCCCAUGACAAUGGAGGAGAUACUAAUGGUUCUUGUAGGUAAGACUAAAGUAGAAGGGGAGGAAGCCCUGAGGAAGUUGGUUGUUGCAUUGAAUGGACUUGCAGGGAUAGCUAUUAUUAAACAAGAUUUUCCUCAAGCUAUAUCAUUGUAUAAAGAAGCACUUGAAUUAGCAGAAGAGCAUUCAGAAGAUUUCAGAGUUGACCCUCUGUUGAACAUUCACAUACAUUAUAAUCUUGCUGAGAUACUCCCUUUGACCACCAACUCUUUACAAAAGUUUCAUUCAGGUAAACAGAAUCCUGAAAGUUGUGAAGGUAACAUGUGCAAGACAUGUGAUGAGGAUAGACCAUUUUCUCUAUCCAGUUGUACCAGUUACCAAUCUUUACAGAUCACAUGCAACAAUUUAAAGCAAAAGUUUUUGUCUGUUUUCAAUUCAAGAUUGUCCUUGGCUCAGCUGGAAUUCAGGAAAUCAUAUGACCUGGUUAGUAAUGGACUUAAAGAUAGAAGACACCAGCAUACUGCUUGGUGGGCUGAAGCCCUGCAAUAUAUCGAGCAAAAUAAAGAUUCUUCAACUGAUUUCAUCAGAAAGAUAGGAGAUGCUGUCUCCGAGACUCUUAACACUUCUAGAACAUCGAGACUUGCAGCCCGGUUUCAGAGCAUAACUGCUCUCAAGUAUCAUAUCCAGAGUGGUCUGGAAAAAUUGGAAGAUUCUAGAAGGACUUUGCUGGAUAGACUAUUGGAAGUUGACCAGAGCAUGGAGAAUCCAAGUAUAGAGGAUGUAGAACGUGUGAGAUAUUGUCCAAAAUGCCAGGUCAAUGGAGAGGGGCUCAUUUGUGUACACUGUGAACUAGACGAGUUAUUUCAGGCAUAUGAGGCGAGGCUGUUUCGAUUUAACAAAGGACAUGGUGGAGGGGUGAUUUCAUCUGCUGACGAGGCGGUUGAUUUAAGGAAAAAAGUGUCUGCUUUGAAUCGGUUCUAUUGGACUUUGUCACAGCCUGACAAAGCUCCACCACCAUCAAGUAAUGAAGAUGAAGGGAAGAAAAGAGAUGUUGGGGAGAAAGUUAUGGUUUCUAAAUCUCCUUCAGAGCUUGAAGUUGUUCUUGGGGUUAUAAAGAGCUAUUCGAAGGCUCAAUUAGGCAAAGAAGCCAUGUCAGCAGCCAGGAAGCAUCUAUCUCUUCUUGAGGGAAUGCGUAAGGAGUAUGGUCAUGCAAGAUCCUUGGCACUUGCUCAAGCUCAAGUGCUUAAUGCUCAUGAUGAGAUAUCAAUGGCAACCUCACGAUUACGCCUUAGAGAAAAUGAGGAUGAUAAAUCCAUUGAUGCUUUAAGUCUGGAAGAGCUAGAAACAGCAAACGUUGAAAAUUCAAGUGAAAAGUUUGUUGCUUUAUCCUCGUUAUUGCGUGUGAAAGGGCAACUUCGGUAUUUGAAGGGUUUGGUACAGUCUAAACAAACUGUUGAUGAUCCAUCUCAUGAAGUUAUGAUGAAUUCUAAUACUAAUUCGGUUAAAGAGGGAUCAGGCGAUGACAUGUGUCCUGUUUGUCAAGAUAAGAUCACCACUCAGAAGAUGGUUUUUCAGUGUGGGCAUCUUACAUGUUGUAAAUGUUUUAUUGGAAUGAGCGAGAGGGGGAUGAGUCAGGCUGAUAAGAAAUGGAUGAUGUGUCCAACAUGUAGACAACCCACAGAAUAUGGGAAUGUUGCUUUUGUUGAUGAUGAGCAAAAACCACCUGAUGUUUCUGUAACUGCUUUUAAAACCUCAGAUGCUUCUGUGACUGUCAACGGUUCAUAUAGCACCAAGAUUUUAGCAGUGACAAGGAGAAUACUGUGUAUCGGUUCCACGAAUCCAACAGACAAAAUUCUUGUUUUCUCAAGUUGGAAUGAUGUUCUUGAUGUGCUGGAACAUGCUUUUACAGCAAAUGAUAUUAGUUUUAUCAGAAUGAAAGGAGGGAGGAAAUCACAAGUUGCUAUCAGUGAAUUUAAAGGAGAGAAAGUUGAUGUGAAAGAUGGUGUGAAUAAGAAAAUGAAAAUGAAGCUGAGAGAAAGAAAUUCCAUUCAGGUAAUGCUGCUAUUGAUUCAGCAUGGGGCGAAUGGGCUUAAUCUUUUGGAAGCACAACAUGUUAUUCUUGUAGAGCCGCUACUGAACCCCGCAGCAGAAGCACAAGCCAUCAGCAGGGUGCACCGCAUCGGCCAGACCAAAAAGACACUCGUUCAUCGUUUCAUAGUGAAGGACACAGUGGAAGAAAGCUUAUAUAAACUGAAUAAAAGCAGAGAUGGUGGUUCGUUUAUAAGCGGAAACAAAAGGAACCAAGAUCAGCCUGUUUUCACACUCAAAGAUGUUGAGUCUCUUUUCAAAGUUUCUCCAUCAACAAUCCCACAACACAACACGGAUUCAGAUUUAAUGCAUUUGCCGCCAGGUGUUGCUGCUGGUAUAGCCGCCCAGAGGAGGCUCAUGGACCAAACAAGGUCAUGAAUCGGGGCAGGGCCCAUCAUAGGCGGGACUAUACUCUUUAGUUAUCUCAGUAAAUAUAACUUGUUAGCUUAGGUAGUUACAGCCUCUUACUAUUGUUUAAAAUGAACCCUCUACACUCCUUCCUACUUCCUAGUCAGUUCCAGUGUAGUUUCAUUUUUUUCAGAACUUUUAGCUAAGUUAUUUACGAGUAAAUUAUAGUUUUGGUCCCUGACUAACAUCUUUUGCCCACAAUAUUGAUUUCUUGCAACCUUGGUUAUGGUUGCAAUUUUAACCCACUUCUAUUCUGUUGAGAAAUUGAU